AUGUCUACUCCUCCGGAUGAAAAUGCCGCUUAUCAUGAACUCGCUCGAAUAUUCUCCGCCAGACGCAAAGAUAAUAACGUCUUAGAGAUCGAGAUACUCCCGCCCGGUCUUGGUCCACUGCUACAAGAUGGGAACUCGGUCGGACUUACGAAGAAGUACCUGGUUCAGGCUUUCGUAACGGCCAGACGAAUAUUCUUCGAUGCAUCAAACGAGCCGUUCUAUUUUUCCGAUGCCAGUGGUCAUGAAGACGAGCGCAAAGCCCCGCAGAACGAGUCCCUACUACAGAAACGAAGAGACGGCCUGCUAAACGCCAGCGAAAUUAUCCUCCUCUUCGAUUGUGAACAUCUGACGGCAUGCAGCUGGCGCAAAAGACGUCUGGCUGCCCUAAGCCAGCGUGCUGGCUCUGCGGACGCCGGCUAUACUCAUCGGGAGAUGCUCAUCCGUGAAUUGGAUACAGAGAUGUCUCUACUGACCACCUACAUUUGCUCUCCACUGCAUCGUCAUACGAAAUCUCCGACACUGUAUAACCACCGGCUAUGGGUGUUGAGACAGAUGCUAUCUGACAGUAGCAGAAAAUUGGCCGGGAGAGAAGAUGACGAGGAGAUCGUUUCCAGCCAAAAGGUGCUAGAGAAGGAAGUAUCUAUUGUUCUCCGAUCCGGAGAACUGCACCCGAAAAAUUACUACGGAUUCACUUAUUUAAGACAACUUCUCGACAUCUUAUCGGGCAGUGAUGAAGACCAAGAAUGCGCUUCUGCGCGUCUAGCUGCCUUAAUCAUACCAGAAGUGUUGGACUGGUGUCUCGCACAUCCCAGUGACAUUUCCGGCUGGAUGUUCACUUUGCGCCUACUGGACUCGGUUCGUGAUGAAGAGACCAGAACAGACUGUAUUGACAGGGUAUUGCGAUUCGCGUUGAACGUUGGUUGGGAAGGCGAAAGCAUCUGGACGUUUGUGAAUUUGGCGACAAAGAUGACAGGCGUAGGAGCCUCAACAAAAGCCCAAUGCAAAACGCUGUCAAAUGCAUUGGCAAACCUUCCUUUGUCUGAGGUUGGGGCUGCAGACGGGUGGAAGGGCUGCUUGGAAAGGGCAAGGGCUGCUUGGGUUGCUGGUCAGCAGGCGGACCAACGACACGGCCCGGGAUAG